AUGAGCAGACGGACGACCGCGGUCGACGAAGGAUGGGUCGAGGUGCAGAAGCACACGUUCACACGGUGGGCGAACGUCUUCCUGCCACCCGACAUGGCCGUCGACGACUUGUACGAGGACCUCAAGGACGGUCUGCGCCUCAUUGCGCUACUAGAGCGCAUCAGCCAGAAACCUGUUUGCGUGAAGUACAACAAGGUCGUCAAGUACCGGAUCCACAUGCUCGAGAAUCUCAACCACGUCGUGGGCUUUAUGGCCAAGGAGAAUGUGACCGUGACCAACAUCGGCUCCUCCGACAUUGUCGACGGCAACUCGAAGCUCGUGCUUGGGCUUAUGUGGACCAUCAUCAAGCACUACCAGCUUGCAGACAUUAGUUUCCAUGGCGUCACGGGCAAGGAAGGUCUCUUGCUCUGGUGCAAGGACUGUCUCGACGCGUUCCCAGACAUUGUCCGCGUCACCAACUUCACGUCGAGUUGGCGCAACGGCCUCGCAUUCUGCGCACUCAUCUCGGCGUUCCACCCGGCGCUCAUCCCGAUCGAGACGAUGUCGCCAGCGAACGCUGCCGAAAACCUCGCACUGGCCUUCCACGUGCUCGAGCAGACUUUUGACGUGCCGCAGCUGCUGCAAGUCGAGGACUUUGAAGUCGGUGUCGAUGAAAAGUCGGUGCUCACGUACCUCGCGCUCGUCUUCCGCGUCUUUGGCGUGCUCACGCGCCCGGCCAUCGUCCGCACACCAUCGUUCCACGAGCCCGACGAAGUCGAAGAGGAUGUUCCCACCGACAACGAACUUUUGAACGACGACGACGAGGUCUCGAUUCCGGACAAUGGGACGAGCGACGAAGCGGCGAGCGACGAAGUCAUGAGCGACGAAGUCAUGAGCGACGAAGCGGCCAGUGACGACGUUCAGCCUGAAGUUGAAGCCGCUGUGGCCGAGACAAAUCCCACGCAUGUCGACGUCCCCAAGGAAGGCGUGUACGAGAAGAUGAAGGAGUCGCUAGCGAUCGCCCCGCGGCCUUUGGUGCACCACUUUUGGUUUCUGCACCGCGCUACGCCGGGUGCGCUGGUCGUGCUUUGCUUGCUGCCACGCUUGCUUCUCCUCCGUGCCUGCGUUGCGCUCUACGUGCCAGUGUACAAGUCUCCUGCACGCACGCAUCGGCCUCCGUUCGCUGCGUCCGCGUGA